GGGACAGGACGAGACGGAGCAGUGCUGUGAGGAGCCCCACACAGCACACUCGUUCGUGUCUGACCCGGAGCCUUUCCGAGGUGUUAUUCCUGCAGCUGACCUCGAGGCCAGACCACAGGACUUGCUGACCCGUGGCCUUCCCGAGGUUUCUCUCCUGCAGGUGCCCUCGAGGGCAGACCGUGGGCCUUGGUGCCCCGGAGGCAUCUCCCAUCCCUGCCGCCAGUGCCCUCGAGGCCAGACCACCAUCCUUGACAGGACUCUCCUGCCCUUGUGGCAGGAGCCCUCCAGAGCAGAGUGCAGGACGUGCUGUCCUGUAGCCCUCCUGAGGCUUCGCUCUUGAAGGUGCCUUCCAGGCACGACUGCAGGGCUUGCUGACUCGGAGCUUUUCCGAGGCAUCUCUCCUGCAAGCAGCCAAAAAUCCAGUCAGUGACAUGGAGCAGAGACCCAAGCUGGCCUGGGUGGAGGAAGAGGAAGAAGGCCCUGGAGCUGCCCCAGCACAGGAGAUGGAAGAGGUGGUGCUGUUCAAGCCACUGCAGGAGAAUGCAGCCGUGGAGCGCACACAAGAGCAGCAAUCCAGCCGUGGCCUCUUCCACAGAACAGCGCAGCUGGUUUGCAAAUUAAUCAAGAGAAUUCGGGAGGAAGAGACCAGCACCGUGGGCACUGGGCUCAGAGCAUACUCGCACAUCUUUAAAACCAAGACCAGUGCUGCCCUGCUGGAUAUGCUGGUAGAGGAGGGCUUUUGCAAUCCAAAGCAAGUGCCCGCCAUGGUCAGGUACAUCCACCAGUGGCUCACGGCCAAUCAGUUUGCUGAGCACAGGCUGAACAGGACCCUGCUGGAUCUCACCGAAGCACAGCCCGCUGACGUACUGGUGACGCUCCUGCGUGUGGCCCCAUCCUGUGACAGAGCUGCUCUGACCAUGUGGAAGAGCAUCAUGUGCUCGCCCAGGACUGCGGAGCCUGCGCUGCUGAUACUCCUGGAUGUGCUGGGGAGCUGGCCCGAGCACAGCAUGUGCACCUCCGAUGGGGACAAAACGGGUGUCUUGGUCCUGGCUGUGAGUUUCUGCAACUGGCCUUUGCUGGCCCCAAAGCCUUGCCACACAGACACCUCGGCACUGAGCGCUGUCUCGGGGGGCUUUGUCCUUUGCAGGCCACUGUGGUGA